AUGGCUAUUAUUGUGAUCAGCCAUCCUUCGAAUUUUGCCGCUUACCUCCUAGCAGCAACAAUUUUGUUGUACUACGAGCAUCAAUCUCGUAGUCUAAAGAUAGUUAUUGUAGAGGAUUUUGCUGCAAAUCGAGGCGGAAUACAAGAUUUCAAGCCCUGGUGCGGAGUGAACACUUUGAGCAACCCCAGAUUUCAAUAUGGUGACUUUAUGGUACGAGAAUUACUCAAUAGGCUACUUUUGGCAAAUAGAGAUUUGGGAAUAGUGCCCUUAGAUAGAAUAAAUUUGAGUCUUACACCUCGGAAUGGAUACAAUUUGGACAUGCCUAUCCAUGUUCAACAGGAGCAGAUCACCGUUUCAGUUGCAGAACAGACUAAUGGUAUUGGUGUAGGAAAUAGUAGUAUAGUAGCUUUGGUGUAUCAUCCAAGUAUGGUGAUGAACAAGUUGAGAUUCUUGAUUUACAAUACUGGCAGGGUGACAUUUACAUCUCUUAACACUAGAUUUGGAAGUUUGGGUGUAUUCGCUGAGAGUCUAACUGGAGGGACUACCUUCAAAGAAGAGAUUGUAGUUUUGGAUUGUUCAAAUUCUGGAAAGGUAUCCUAUUCAGACAACAUUGACUACUUGAUAAAUUCAAAUUCCAUUUCAGUGAGACUGUUGGAAGGCAAUAACAGUAGAAGAUUGCCUUCUUACAUAUUAUGGUUGCCUAGAAUUGCGAAUAAGGCCCAUUCCCAGACUCUCAAUGACUGGAAGUAUGGCUACAGACAAUAUAACAAGAGAAUCAUAGAAGUUGUCAUCAGCAACGACAACACCAACCAAAUAGAGAGUAGAAUACUUCUGGAAGUCGAUAUCUACUGCGGCCUCAAAUUGGGAGAUUUGGCAUUGCAUGUGUUGGAAGAAUUAACUAAUCUGGGUAUGGUUGACUUGAUAUCAAGAAAGCUAUAG